UCCUUUGACCAUCGUGUAACAGCAAAGAUAACCUUUUUUCUCAAUGAAGUCUGGGCCUGCACGGAUAUAUUUGAACAAUUUCCCUUCGUCAUUUACAAUCUAUUUGGCUCACCAAGAACUAUGGCUCAGCAGGAUUACAAAGAGAUUAGUGACAAACUGAUCACGUACAAAAACACUGUCUUGUCUUUGGAAAAAGAUCACGAUGUUACUCCAGAGUACAUUGACAGUUUAGAGCAUUUCGAAACCAAGCAUGAUGAUCUCUUUCUUGUUACCUUCCCGAAAUCAGGUACGGUGUGGACCCAACGGAUCAUUACUUUAAUAUACGAGGAAGAUUUCCCGGACAAAGCCAAACAAAGCACUUACGAGCAGAUGCCCUGGCUAGAGUAUUGUUUGAAGGGGGAAAAUUACAGCAUUCGUCCAUCUCCGAGACUCUUCUGUUCCCAUUUACUCCAGCCGCUGAUACCCAAAGCGCUGCAAACAAAAGGAAAGAUCAUCUACGUCAUGAGAAACCCUAAAGACGUCAUGGUGUCAUAUUUCCAUUUUUCCAACAACAUGACAAACUUGGAUUCUACCGAGAGCAUGGGCGAAAUGCUGGAAAAAUUCUUCACAGGAUGCAUGAUUGGUGGCUGCUGGUUUGACCAUGUUAAAGGAUGGAUUACAAAUAAAGACAAAUACAACAUCCUGAUCCUUACUUAUGAAGAAAUGAUCAAGGACCUCAGGUCUGUCGUUGUGAAAAUCUGUGAGUUUGUGGGGAAGAAUCUGUCUGACGCAGCGAUUCAUAAAGUGGUGGAGACUGCCACGUUCAAACACAUGAAGCAAGACCCCUUGGCCAACUAUGAAUCCGUUGCUCAGGAAGUCAUGAAAGAUAGCAAAGGAGUUUUUUUGCGCAAAGGAACAGUUGGGGACUGGAGGAACUCUCUAACAGUGGCUCAGAAUGAAUGUUUCGACCGCGUCUACCAAGAAAGAAUGAAGGACUUACCUCUGAACAUGGUCUGGGACAUGUCAGAAUUACAUGGCUGAAAACUUAAGACAUCCAUUUUAAAAACUAAUACAGAUAUAGGCUAAUGCUAUCACAAUAACAAAAGGGAAGGCAUAAUAUAUAUAUAUGACUAGAUAUAUGUAUGUCACUAUAUCAAAACAAAUAACUGAUGGAGGUUGGAGAGUGUGAACAUUAUUAUUAACAUUAUGUAAAAUAUGGAAACAAUUUGAAUUCAUAUUCGCCCAGUUUGAUAUUUAGCCUAAUAAAUAUGAUCAUAUUUACGCUUUUAUGUUGUAAACAUAAACAUAAUCCUGGCAGUUGUAUCCUAUUAAAUAUUGGUGAAUGUAAAUGUCAAAAUAAAGGGCUAUUACCGAAA